CGGACUGGACAGAAUGACCAGCCAGUGACCGCUGUGCCGCCAUGGGCACGAGGACUUAUUCGUUGGUGGAGCAGAAGAAACUGCAAUGGGCCAAAGAGAGAGAAGAGAUGAUUGGUCUUUGUGGUAUUUGGGGAGGUCUGGCAAACAGGAGGUUCGAAGACCACAAACCGUCUAUCAGAACCCACUUUGUGUCUUCUUGUGAUCUCAGAAGGCCAGAAGUCAGUUCUGAAAACUUUGAGUCACCACUAGGAAGUUCAGGGAGGUUGAGUCGUCGCCGCAGCCCAAGUCUUCCCCCCAUCUAUAAACACUACCAGGAUGGUGAUGGUGAUGGGGAGGAAGGAGAGACAUCUGGGUACGCCAGUGACUCAGGAGAGAGACAAGAGUACCAACCUUCCUGGCCCAGUAAGCCAAGGAGUCGCCAAAACAGCACAUGGCACUCUUCCAACUGCUUGAACACCCCAGACUCCCUCAACUCAGACGGGGGUCGUCCUCGAUGGGGUGACAAAGGGGUGGGGGUGGGCCACCUGUGGGAUGCCAGCAUCCACAACCCUGACGCCCGCUUACCUGCUGUUACGGACCGCCCUGGAGCUACACCGCCCGCCUGGCUAUGUCGUGCCACCAACAACACUGUUAGUGAGGUGUUGGUAAUCACGCAUCCAGAGGUUUCCAGUCCUGUAACAGAAUAUGGAAGUUGUGACACUCUUGCCAACAGUGACCGAACAUAUUUGCGAGGUCAAAACAUUUCCAUUGAACCAGAAGAACUAAUGGAAAGGGAGAGGAAGCGGCAGAAAGCUAAAGAGUUACAGAAUGCAAUUCGUCAACAGUUAGAAGAAAGAGAACGUAAGCGUAAAGAAGAACGGGAACGCCGCCAAAGAGAGGAAAGAUUGGAGGAGGAACGAUUGAGAAAACAACAAGAAAUUGAAAGGAAGAGAUUGGACGAGGAGCGUCAAAAACAAAGAGAAAAAGAGGUCAAAGAGGAGAGGAAGGAGAAAGCAAUGAGAGAAGCAAUUGAAACUGCAGAACGUCUGGCAAGAGAGGAGAAGAUAAAAACACGUAAAAAAUACAAACAGGAAGUGAGUGAAACUCAUUUGCCAGUUUAUGAAGAAAGGACUGAUGCACCGUGUGUUGUCAGCUCAGAAUUGAAAAUAGCUCGAGUGGAGCUUGAGCAGCCCAAGCUCCUGCAUAUGCAAGAAAAUCAGGCUGAACAACAAAUUAAAGAAGAAGUGGACAUUUCCAAAGAACAAAGUGCACCCACUAUUAUGGAGCAGACAUCACCAAAACCCCCCCAAAACCAAGAAAAAGAAAUUAAGUUGUCAAUAAAAAAUGAUGAUAUUUCCCAACAAAAAGAGAUUGUAAAACCUCACAUAAUGAAUGUAAAGAAGGAGAACUCAACAGAGUCAUCAGAUGAUCAGGAUGUGGAUCCAGAUUCAUUGGACGAGGAAGUGAGUCCAGAGAUCGCGUUGGUGCUGAGUGAGCCUCAUGAAGUCGAAGUCAAUCAGCUGAGCCUUGUGGUGUCACCUGGCCGACUGCUUACCCCCAGCAAGUUUCGCACCAAUCCUUCCUAUGAGAAGUCCACACAAACUGAUCUCAUCAAGUCAGAGAAAUUACCAUUGCGCUGCAGGUCCCAACCGAGGCUAGAGGAAAGGCCCAAGUGGGGAGUUAACAGACCAGAGACACAGUACAUAAAGCAGAGUGAACGAGACCCCUAUUACCAAACAAGGCUACGUAGGAACUUGAUGCGUGUGCGCUCCAAGUCCAACAAACCAGAGAGAGAGGAUAGCAGGUCACCCUCCCCAGUGAACAUGAAAGUCCAAGGCAAUCAAGCACCUGUCACCACUGUGAGUAGAGGGACAAUAACUCCAAGAGUGAUGCAGAUGGUUCUGCCUUCCCACAAUCCCUUGAGAGCCAGCCGACCUCGAUACCUCUCCUUCAAGGGUGGUGUUGGAGCAGUGAUGGCCAGUAAUGUGUUCAGACCAAAGCCAGAGCCUCGACCGCAACAGCCACCUGCAGAACUGUCACUUGUCAGUGAUGUCCUGAACCAGCUAACUAGCUUACGAAAGGGCCUUACCAUGAAGCAACAGGAAUGGGACGCAUCAAGGAGUCAAACUCCAUUCUCAGAAGUGUCUUCAUUGUCAACAUCAGCAUGAACGCCUUCACUACCAUUGUACAUUUGCAUAUAAUUAGAAAUUGUUUUUAUUAAAAUGUUUUCAUAUAA